CACUCAAUUUUGUCGAUUUUCGAAUCCACCUUUUUCAAUCUUCCAGAAAUAAAAUGCCACAAUACAAGCUAACAUAUUUUGAUCUACGUGGAUGGGCUGAGCCGGCUCGACAGCUUUUCCAUCUCUCGCAUACUCCAUACGAUGAUAUUCGGAUUCCAAUGGCCGAUACUGAAGGGAAAUGGGAGAAAAUGAGAGACAAAACCCCAUUUGGUCAGCUCCCAGUACUCAACGUUGAUGGCUUCGACAUCCCCCAAUCUGCUGCAAUUUGUCGAUACCUUGCCAAGAAAUUUGGUUAUGCCGGAAAAACUCCAGAAGAAGAAGCGUGGGCGGACGCCGUUGUCGACCAAUUCAAAGACUUCUCCGUUGCUUUUAAAACACUCCUUUUUGCCACAAGGGCCGGGAAACCAGAAGAAGAAAUCCUCAAAAUCCGCUACGAGAUUUUCAAUCCAGCUCGAGAUGUCUACUUUAUUCUUCUCAAUCGAAUUCUCAAAAAGAGCAAGUCAGGUUAUUUAGUUGGUGAUGGGCUCACAUGGGCUGAUCUAGUUAUAGCUGAUAAUUUGCACAGUCUGGAGAAGCUUCGAGCCAUCGAUGAUGAUGAUGAAGGACAUCAGAAUUUGAAAAAGUAUAAGGAGAAAAUCUAUGGAACCCCAGAUUUGGAGGAUCAUAUUGCGACGAGAAUGGAUACAGAAGUCUAAAUUUUGAAUCGCGUUGAAUUUUUAAAAACUGUGAUAAAAGAUAAUAAACAUAUUGUAGUAU